AGUAUAAAAUAUCUGGUGCUCUAAAAAACAUGGUGGCUUUAUCUCUCCCCUCCACCUUGAGUUGCAGUUGCCGUCGAAGAAGACGGAGAAUGAACACACUGUUACUUCCUCCGCCGUUACAACUCCGUUUUCCAUGUAUUGAAUUCCGUCUACACACCAAUCACCGGCUUCAAAAACAGCCUUCAAGUUGCCAUGUGUCUAUCUCCAAGCAAUUGAAUAUGGAGGAAGAUGAAGACUACAAUGGGCGGUACGAUUUCAGUCCUCUGCUUCAAUUUCUUUCGACUUACACAGCCAAUUCAGAGCCGAAUUAUGAAUUGGAGCCGACCGAGUUGCGGCUGGCGGAGUCAUACCGAGCGGUGCCGGCUCCACUCUGGCACUCUCUUCUGAAAAAUCUGUCCUCCACGCCAUCCUCAAUUUCGAUAGCGUAUUCACUCGUUACAUGGCUUCAAAAGCACAACGUUUGUUUCUCAUACGAACUCCUCUACUCUAUUCUCAUUCACGCCCUCGGACGCUCCGACAAGUUGUACGAGGCUUUUUUGCUCUCACAGCGACAAACACUCACCCCCUUAACCUACAAUGCACUUAUUGGUGCUUGUGCAAGGAAUGGUGAUCUCGAAAAGGCACUUAAUUUGAUGUCUAGAAUGCGCAGAGACGGGUAUCAAUCUGACUAUGUUAAUUAUAGUUUGAUUAUUCAGUCGCUUAUCCGUAGUAAUUCUAUUGAUUUGACUAUGUUAGACAAGUUUGUUGAUGAAAUUGAAACUGAUAUGAUUGAACUUGACGGGCAAUUGUUGAAUGAUAUGAUUGUGGGUUUCGCUAAAGCUGGUGAUGUUGAUAGAGCUUUAUGUUUCAUGGCUGUUGUUCAAGGUAAUGGGUUGAGCCCCAAAACAGCUACUGUUGUUACCUUGAUAUCUGAGUUGGGUAACUCAGGUAGGACUGAGGAGGCUGAGGCUGUCUUUGAGGAGUUGAAAGAAGGCGGGUUAAAGCCAAGGACGAGGGCGUUUAAUGCACUUUUGAAAGGCUAUGUUAAAACUGGAUCUUUGAAAGAUGCUGAGCAUAUUGUGUCUGAGAUGGAGAGGAGUGGGGUGGCACCGGAUGAACAUACAUAUAGCUUGCUGAUAGAUGCUUAUGGAAAUGCAGGUAGGUGGGAAAGUGCGAGAAUUGUUUUGAAAGAAAUGGAAGCGAAUAAUGUUCAGCCGAAUUCAUUUGUGUUUAGUAGGAUUUUAGCUAGUUAUCGUGAUAGGGGAGAGUGGCAGAGAUCAUUUCAGGUUCUUAAAGAAAUGAAGAAUAGUGGGGUGAAUCCUGAUAGGCAGUUUUAUAACAUAAUGAUUGAUACUUUUGGCAAGUACAAUUGUUUGGAUCAUGCAAUAUCUACAUUUGAAAGGAUGAAGUUGGAGGAAAUUGAACCUGAUACUGUUACAUGGAACACACUUAUAGAUUGCCAUAGUAAGCAUGGCCAUCACAAUAAAGCGGAGGAGCUGUUUGAGGCCAUGCAGGAAAGUGGAUGUUUUCCGUGCACCACCACAUACAAUAUAAUGAUUAAUUCUUUUGGUGAGCUCGAGAAAUGGGAGGAAGUAAAGGGCCUGCUGAGUAAAAUGCAGAGUCAGGGCCUACUGCCCAACGUUGUUACAUAUACCACUCUGAUUAAUAUUUAUGGGCAGUCAGGAAGGUUCAAUGAUGCUAUUGAGUGCUUAGAGGUGAUGAAGUCUGCUGGAUUGAAGCCAUCUUCAACCAUGUAUAAUGCCUUGAUCAAUGCCUAUGCACAGAGGGGAUUGUCUGAACAAGCAGUAAAUGCCUUUAGGAUCAUGAAGGGAGAUGGUCUAAAGCCCAGCCUGUUAGCUCUCAAUUCACUAAUUAAUGCAUUUGGUGAGGAUAGGAGAGAUGCUGAAGCUUUUGCUGUAUUGAAGUAUAUGAAAGAAAAUGAUAUGAAAGCGGAUGUAGUUACUUACACCACUCUCAUGAAAACCUUGAUACGUGUGGAGAAAUUUGAAAGGGUUCCAGCUGUUUAUGAAGAAAUGCUAUUGUCUGGAUGCAUCCCAGAUAGGAAAGCUAGAGCAAUGCUACGCUCUGCUUUGAGAUACAUGAAGUCUACAUUGAAAUUGUAGCAGACUGCAAGUCACUCUAACAAAAACGACCAUGGUGAAUCAUGAUUUUUGAGUUCAACUUUCAAUUUUAGCUUUGGUUCACAUUUGUGCAUCAACCUAUGUCACCAUUCAAGAGCUUCAUGUUUGACAGCUAAAUUGGGGGACAAGGAAGUUAAAAAUUUAAGGUUAACAACGGAUCCAAGGUCCAAAUUCGUCCCAGCAUACUUUCAUCUACAUACUUGUACAGUUCGUAUAGCUACAAAGCAAAUAUUCAGCUUGUCUUUUUUUGUGUAACUUGUCAAGUGUCAUAUUUUUGUAAUUGCAGUUUUGAGUCUAGGUCUCUAGGAACAGGAUUUCUAGCAUAAUGUUGAUUUACAGUCAUGUCCUAUCUUAUGAUAAGAGGUCACAAAAAUAAAUUUAAGCAUGUGGAUAGGGUCUUGCAAAUAACUGAGCUCCUCAGAAGCCUGUUUACUUAAGGAUUUUAGCUGUCA